CCGGGGGGCAGUGGGGCGCCCGGCUCAGGGGGACCCCAGGCAGGCCAGGGUAAGGGAUUGGCCGAGUUUGGGGCCCUGGGGUGGCCUCUGUGCCUGGUUUUGGGGGCGUGGGGAGGACUCUUCCUGGUUACGUCAGGAGAGGACCGGCCCCUCUUGUAUAAAUACCGAGAGGCUCCGAGCGUGGUUCAUUCAUAAGUUGCGAGGGGAGCCGGAGCUGGAGCUUCUCUGCCGAGCGGGGAGACGGUGCCACCUGCACGGGACAGGGCUCCAGGGGACCCCAGCGACCCCCCCACACCCCCGCUUUGUGGGGCUCGGGCCUGCGAAGACGCCGCAUCGCCUCUGGAUUGUGCUGCCUUGGGGCGGGGGCUGCUGGAUUAUUUCGGGGGGUCGGUGUUUGGAGUUACCCCACUAGCUGCGAAGGGGCUUGGGACCCCUUCCCCGCGGAUGCGGCUUUGAGGGGAGAAGACGCGUGGAGCAGGAGUCUCGGAAGCCGGGAGUCUCCUCGCCUUCUCCAGCGCAGCUUCCGCGGCAGGGAGCUGGGCGCGGGGGGCUGCUGAGCCGCGGCCCGCGGAGCUCGUGUCCCUGCGCACCCCGGGGGCUAUGCCGCUUUGCCGGUGAAGGCGGAAGAGGGGGAACCGCCGGGCCCCGCUGCCCUGCCGGCGCGGAGCGGCUCGCACCCCGCGCCUGCCCGACUCCGCCGCUCGCACACGGGACUUUGCCGCCACUUCGCUUCUAGUCUAACCGGCUCCCCCUACCCCGGGGUCGCAGCCUCCCCUGCAUCAGCCUUGGCUUCCAGGCGCCCCCAGCGUGGCCACAGGCUUCCCCCUGUGCCCAGGGAGAUGUAUCAGGGCUUCCCCGGAGACUACGACUCCGCCUCCCGGUGCAGCUCGUCCCCUUCGGCCGAGUCCCAGUACCUGUCCUCGGUGGAUUCUUUCGGGAGCCCCACGGGCGCCGCCGCCUCGCAGGAGUGCAGUGGCCUCGGGGAGAUGCCCGGCUCCUUCGUGCCCACAGUCACUGCCAUAACGACUAGCCAGGACCUGCAGUGGUUGGUGCAGCCCACACUGAUCUCUUCCAUGGCCCAGUCGCAGCCUCAGGGCCAACAGAUGUCUCACCAGCAGCAGCAGCCGCCACCUGCAGUGGACCCCUAUGACCUGCCCGGGACCAGCUAUGCCACCCCGGGGAUGGGCGCCUACGGUGCUGGCCCCUCAACAUCCGGAGCUGCUGCCCCAUCGCCCCGCUCCGCUCGGGCUCGGCCCCGGAGGACACGGGAGGAAACGCUGACGCCGGAGGAGGAGGAGAAGCGACGCGUCCGCAGGGAGAGGAACAAGCUGGCAGCGGCCAAGUGCCGGAACCGGCGCCGGGAGCUGACGGACCGGCUCCAGGCGGAGACAGACCAGCUGGAGGAAGAGAAGGCAGGGCUGGAGUCCGAAAUCGCCGAGCUGCAGAAGGAGAAAGAGCGCCUGGAAUUUGUCCUUGUAGCUCACAAACCUGGCUGCAAAAUCCCUUACGAGGACAUGCCCGAGCUGGGCGGCCAGCCCGGCCCGUCGGCUGAGGUGAGCUCUCUGGGGGUGCCCGUCAAGGACGACCCGUUCGGGCCAGCUGCCUACCCGUCUGUGCCCCUCCACUACCAGCAGAGCCUUGGCGUGCCGGCGCCGGGCGCGGCGGGCCCAGCGGAGGUAGCGUUUUCUAGUUCUUACUUUACACAUGGUGAGCUGCUCAGCGACCCGUACCCUGUUAACCCUUCAUAUACAUCUUCGUUUGUGUUCACCUACCCAGAGGGAUCUACCUGCGGAGCCACACACCAGCGGAACAGCAGCAGCGACCAGUCCUCGGACUCCUUGAAUUCUCCCUCGCUACUCGCUUUGUGAAACAUAUAAACCAAACAAAGCCAAUCAAACCCGCACAUGCAAACGGGGUGUGUGGGGGGACACACGCUGCCAGCCUGCAGCCGCACUGCCCGUGUGCGCCAUUAGUUAACUGAGGGGACGGCGCGGGGGACCCCUCCCCACCCCCUCCCUUGCUGACACUUUUUGGGGGACUUCUGGUUUUAAUCGGGCUGGAGGAGCAGGAAGCUUUGGCACCGCCGCUAUGAGCCGGGAUGGAUUGUGGAGCUGGGCCCGGCUCGCGGGGGCUGAGCCUCGUCUGUCUGGGGGCUAGUCUGACCCGGCUGGGGGCAGCAGAUUGUGUGGCGUCCUUUCCCCUACCACCGACUGUGAGCAGCUGACCAAGGGACGGGACCUUGUGGGGAGCAGGCUGGGGGUUGGUUCCCCCACACCCCCAUUGACUCACUUCCAAAAUACCCCCCCCACUCUGCAUCUUGUGGCUCCUGGCUGCCCCCCUGCAGGAGUGUGGCUCUGCCUGGGCUGGGGGGGCAGCUGUGAAGCACUGAGGCAGGGGCCCGUGUCCCCAGCUGCCUCCACUCUUGCUCUGAAGAGCUCCGUGGCUACAGCAGGGGGGCACCGGCUCCCUCCCUGUGGGGCUGAGCCAGAGCCCCCUGGCCUGGGCUGGGCGGGAGCUUGGCCUGGUGCUGCCUCUGGCUGUCCGAGCCACCCUGCCCCUUGGUCUCUGCCCUUGUUCGGCUUUCCCGGUGCGGGAGCUGGGGAGUGCGGCUGCAAUGGCAGGAGGUGGCCUGGGGCCCGUCCGUCCCCCUGACAUACUGUGAACGGCCCCCGCCCCCUGUACAGCCCCUGCUUUCGCUGCUGUUGUGAGCACGUGGUAUGUGUGUCCCCCCCCACCCCCCACAGGCUGCAGCCCCUCCGCCCCUAAACUGGCCCAUGCGGGGGCUGAGCCCUCCCUUCUGGUGGCUUUUACCCCCAUCAUUACACCCCCCGGGGGCUCUUUGCUGCCACCAUGACCCCCCCCAUGGGAACCCCAUGUUCCAUUGACCCCCAAGCCUCCAACAGCAAGGGCCUGAUGAUGCCAUGGGAAAGACACUGCGCCCCACUGCAGGCCUUGUGGGGCUGCGAGACCAUGCACGGGCCAGAGAGCCAGGGGCGGCUCUAGCGAUUUCGCUGCCCCAAG